AUGGACGACUACGAGCUCGUCAAUGCCCGCCAGUGGGACGGGACGCUCAAGGACGCUUCCACUGCCGAAGACUCGUCCCCGUCCGAAUGGCACGUGGUCUCCAACACGAACAAGAAGAGGGCAAAGGGCAAGGAGAACGUUUCCGCCGGUACCCAGAGGCUGCCGACACGAGGCGCACCACCAUUUCGACAACGCCCCCAGCAACUGCGCUCUGCUCACUCCAGGUCUCCUCAGAAACCGGGUCCCGUGAGGGCCAGAGCGCGCCAUCCUGUACCGCGACCAACACCGCUCCCUCCGCGUCGGGAACCUCCAAGACUCGUCGAUGUCGCGGACAAUGAAGCGCAAUACUCUUGGCGGGAGCGCAAACCGGCGACUGAUACCAUCAAAAUCCCAGCUAUCAUAAUCAUGGGAGACAGAGGCCCCGACGGUGACGGUCCGAAUAUCAUCGAGCGGUUGGCUUUAGAGAAAGGCGCGUUCAUACACUCCGACGAGAAGAAAAGUAGCAAUGCGAGCCUCACGUUCGGCAUCUGGGGGGAUGCUAAGAAUGCGGCUGCCGCAAAGAAAGCUAUCUUGAACUGGAUUGAGGUAGCCGCGCCCUCCGGCAAGUCUGAUUCGUCAAGCAACUUCGCAAGAGUCGUAUCUCUUACAGAAGAGCUGCGAAAGAGAGCUGAGAAGUCUUGGAAGAGAGGUAUGUACACUAAGUGUGCUCCUGAAAAACCAAUCGUCCGCUGAUUCGCGUCGUAGAUAUCAAGAAGAACCGCUUCCGACAAUUUCCCCCCAGCGAUAUGGCCUUCGAAGCGAUUGGUACAUUCCAUUGGCCUGCCACGGAGUCUCGCCCUGAAGACGCCUUCGGAAUGAGCUGUGAAGUUCUCGAUCCUAUUCGCAUGGACUGCGAGUGCUACAUUAAACACUCCAGCGAACGUUCUCUAUUCCAAGUCUGUGGGAAAUCCUCAUCCGUUCGCACAGCACUUGUGCGCAUACGACGGACAUGCUACCAGAUGGCUGCGCGAUCUCUCAACCCCGUGCGAGCGUAUAUGCUGCAUUGGCGCGAUAGGUCAGCCAUCCCUUCUCACGUGUUUCUUGACGAGUACCACGAGCCAGAUACAAUUCCGAUUCCCGCUGCAUCUAGGGAUGUGCCGAGUCAUUCGCCCCGUGCGCAAGGCGACGUCCUGGAAGGGGAUGACGAGAGCGCUGCACUGGGAAACUCUACCUUCAAUGCUGAGCGCGUUCGCAUCACAUUCGCCAACGCUCUGACGAAGUUGCACUAUUACCGAGGACGAUUGCAGCUCCGUAUCCACUUGGGAACAUUUGUCCUCGGGACCUACAUUCCUCCUGAAGAUGAUUUCUACGACCUCGCCGAAUACGAAGCAAUGACGAAAGAGUCUCAAUUCACAGGUCGCGUGACAGAAGAGUAGGUGCUUUGAUCUCACGUUCUAGAGCUAGCUGAUCCGUAUCUAGGCUCGGAGACAAAGCACUGGAGAGUAUAGCGCUAGCCAGACUCCAAGCUGCUCCUGACCUGGUCCAUACUCACGACUUCUUUACCAGUGGGCUGUUCCACGCAAAGCCGACGCUCUCCGCCGUGUUCACGUUCCCCAAUGAGCGCGGCGAUUUGCGUCUGUCGAUGAGCUGGCAUCAAGCGCCCGACGAGGGUGGUGAAAUGCAAUUCGCAGAGCCAAGUGUAAAGUGGUCCCGUCUCGACCGUGACACCGGCCGAGAGACGAAGCUUGUCGACAUGUCAUUAACGAAUUUGCACCAAAGCUCAGCCUUGCAAUUCGAGCUGUCGACUACCGAGACAGUGGAGAACCUACGCAUCCCGAUCAUUUUGAAGAACUUUGCCGACAGAGUGAGGAUCGACCCCUCUGCGAUAUCGGAUCCUUUCCGCGGCAAGCCAUUCGUGAUGUUUAGCCCGUAUGUUCAACCGAAGACUCUGCGGCAGUCUGUGAGCUAUCAGUACGGCGUUAGACCGAGCGAUUACACACUGGAGAUUGCCCAGUUCCAGGACAGAGUCUACACGGAUCCUCGGAAGCCUCCAGAGGUGUACGAACCGCGCUGGAGUCUCAACGUUUUCCGCCCAGAGUGGGACACCCUGUUCAGCGAGAAUGAGAGACUUCCUGUUGGCACUCGGGCGGACUGGGAUGAUGCGAUUGAAACCUGGUUCCCCGCGGGCUGGGACUGUGAGGAAGGCACGGAUGGCUUCCAGCAGUUGUUGGAAAUGCUUGGGCGGAUUGAGAGGAUUGUGAGAGAAGAGCCGCUGCAACAGUCAACACAGGAAGAGGGGGAAAUGAUCUAG